AUGGAAUUGCCUAUCGGGGAGAACCUCAAGGAUGCAUUGGUCAAGUUAAGAGAGAUGGACUUCGCCAGGAUCAUUUGGAUCGACGCAAUCUGCAUCAACCAGGACGACAUCAAGGAACGGAACCACCAAGUCCAUAUCAUGCAAACAAUUUAUUCGAAGGCCGCAGAAGUGAUUGUGUGGCUCGGGCCGGGGAGCUGGGAGGCUGACAAAGCCAUGGAGCUCAUCGAACAAUGCAACCUAAAUGGUAUUGAGAAACUCUUGGACCACGAAGAAGAUUCUCUGAUAGGGCUAUCCGACAUCUUUAUGCGGAGUUGGUGGAAACGCAUUUGGAUUGUCCAGGAGGUCGUCGCGGCGCGUGAUUUGGUGAUACAUUGCGGUACUCGCAGAGUACCCUGGCAUUUUGUCGCCAAGAUCUGUCGUGAGAUCAGGCGGAAAGAAUUCUCCCAGAAUGCAAAGUCACAAAUCCUGAGGAGUAGUGGCUAUCGGAACUUCACCGCACUAAAUGACUUUCGGAGGGAACGCAUGAGCCUUGCCAAGUGCCUCCAGUACACGAGGGACUACGAAGCGACCGACAUGCGGGACAAGCUCUACGCACUUUUAGGGGUGGCGUCCGAUAUUUCUCCGGAGGACAUUGUGCCGGACUACACCAAGUCAACGAGAACCGUCUUUCUCGACCUGGUCCAUUUUCUUGCAACGAGACGUCGCAGCCUGGACAUAAUCUCUGCCGGCCGACACCUUCGACCGUCAACGACACCGGCACGCUCCCAGCUACAACCGGGCGACAAGACCCCAUCUUGGCUGGCAGACUGGCACGUAUCGCAGGGCCUGAGACCUCUGGAUAGUGAGGGUAUGGACAAGGCAUCCUAUUGUGCUAGCCGCGGUGCAAACGCCGUUGUGAGGAUGGACGCUUUCCCCAUGGCGCUCGAGGUAGAGGGCGUCCUUGUUGACAAAAUUGACUUCUUCGGCGAGGCCAUUACUUCCUCCGCGCAGGACAGCCUCCCGACACUCCGACGCUGGCAGUACAUUGCGGGCCUGCAGGACCUGCAUUUGGUCUCCGGAAGCAGAUUUGGUGUAGUGACACCGCCAGACUUCUGGACGACGAUUGUGGCAGGAAAGAAUUACAUGGCCACGUGGGUGAAAAACAGGCAUGCAACGGAAGAAUCAGAAGCGCUGGAGUACGCAACCCAAUCAUAUGUUGCUGGGGAUCUUCCGCCAGAGAUGUGGGAAUCACAGUAUCUCGCCCACGCGAUAACGAGGGCAGUCAUGGGACGACGUUUCUUCACCACGGCGAAGAAGAGAAUGGGCCUCGGCGUUCCGGACAUCCAACUAGAGGACAGGGUGGUAGUAAUCAAGGGCUGCUCCGUGCCUCUGAUACUGAGGGAUAUGGGAGAGCACAUGGUCAUCGUCGGCGAGACGUAUGUGUCUGGUAUCAUGGACGGAGAGGUCAUCAAAGGUCUUGGUGAGGGCAGGUAUGAGACGAGAAUGAUUCGAUUGCAAUGA